AUGGCCAUUCCAGUCCCCUUUAUCUUUGUCGGCAAUGCUAUUCUGCCCACGUUACUCCUUGUGAGUCCAACAUGCCUAUCUGCUGUCGUCUAUGAUGGUACGUUCGAGUGAGAACCCGACACCUCAUAUGAGUUAAAUUGCUAUUUCAACGAUCGCAACUUUCUUUCAACUUAUUUUUUGAAAGUCGGCUUUUGCCUUGUACGAGAGGUUUAAAAUAUCGCAAUUUACUAUGCCUGUAGAAGUUCGCAAGCUUGCUUUUAGACAUUUAGGGUGUUUGCUACUGACUAAUAUGUCAAAAAUUCCUACCUUCCAUCUUUUACACAAUACCAAGAAGAUAAAUGACUGAAAAGUGGCUUAUGGGAUUCUCAGCUGGCGUGUCAUCGUAUCGCAAAGUUUAUCGAUUUUUGAUUACCCUAUCUUCCACCGAAAGGUUUUUGUCAGUAGUUUGAAAACGAAUGUUGCGGCUCAAUGAACCAAUGCAAGACCAAGUUCUCAGUCCACCCUUGCCUGAUAGGUUAAUGAAGAAGACAGUCUGUAAGGAUGCAGUUUGCUUGACCGAAGUAUGUUCAAGUUGUUGCUUCAACUUCAUUAAAAAGGUAUAAGAAAAAUUAAUCAGAAACCUGUACAUAGCUGAAACGCCAUGCAUGUUUAAUGGAACAGAUAUUUUUGUCCAAUUUCGACCAUUCGCGAUUAGAUGGCAUGGCAACGGUAGGGAAAAGGACCCAGUUUGAGUAGUGAUUUGAGGUCAAGGAAAGUAAGUGCCGUUGGCAGUUUAAUGCCUGCAAUGGCUUGCAUGUGGAUGCAAAGAUAAAAUCCCAUAUGACACGAUUCAAAGUUUAAAGACAGUUGAGUAGUGUCUUUCACCAUAGCGUUGCCGAUGAACAUUAUUUAAUACCUCUAAGAGCUCUUCCAGUAAACACGGUUACUGCUAAUGAUGCGCUCUAUGAACUGCUGUGGGAAUAGGUGAUCUGGCAGAUAUAAUGAAAAAUUCAGAUUGUCACCCAGUUGGAAAACCCCCGACGGUCAAGGCGAUCUUUAACUUUGGAUUGUGCAGUCAGAGAGUCUCUCCAAUUAUUCGGAUAUACUAAAUUACAUGCUAAUUCAAAUUUUCUGGCAAUUUUCUGGUGGAUUUCAAAUGGAUUACUGAAGAAAAUAUGCUUUGAUCGUUGUCGGUGGAUUCUACGUAUUGCUGUGGGUUUGGCGGGCAGCUAAGCCUAGGUAUGAGAACUUUGCAGUCAGCGGUCAGGUUUCCGUAGAUCGGGCAGUUAUCAGGUUGGCUAUACUAAAACCUUAACCUAGUCUUCGCGGUUUUGACUCCUGCUGGGACCGCUGAGCUUUUUAUAACUCAGUAAUCAUUCGGAGUAGGGCAUGUUUAUAAAAGCUGGAAGGUCGAGCAAAAUGAUUUUUUGAAUGACAGCUACGUUUUAUAAACGAACAAAAUCUUAUAACUCCCUUUGGGAAAUGUGAGCGUCUUGAAGCACUUUGAAAAUAUUUGAACACCGGUGGAUAUGCGCUGCCAUGAAAUAUGAAUAUACAAACAAUAUUAUUAGCGUGACGAUAGCCUCAUUCACGCCUUCAUCUGCCAACUGUAUCGAAAAAAUUCCCAGAUUUAGGCGUAUUCUGACGCUGCUGCUCAUUAACAUCGAUGUGCGGGAGUGUUUUAAGUGCACUCUAACAUGCCAGACGUGGAAAUUGGACUUCUGAGUGAUUACAUCUCUACAGCUAUGCAUUUACUGUUUAGGCCUUUGAUAUCUACUCACGCACGUUGGAGAAACAUAAUUGGCAGGUGACCGACCAAUCAGGAUCCUGCUGCUUACCUGGACAGUUUGUCCAAUGGUAUCGUCGCCUCAGGUGUACGAUUUCAGAGCUCGAGAACAUCGCAUCUUGUUUGCUCGCGAAUAUUUCUCUUUAAAUCUGCACACAACUUCAGAGGCCCUAUAUGCUUCUUUUGUUUCUUCAGCUUCUAAGGCUUUUAACUGUGCAGCAGGUGGUCGCCUGGUCCCUGACUGAGGAUGGAGAACCAAUCAAAACAACCCGGUUGGUCUCCACCAAACGAUUCGAUAUGGGCGGCAGGGUCUCGGCCUCCGGGGUGGAAAUACGCUUUUCAGACCCCCGACUGCCCUCCGUUCACGCCCUCUACGGAAUCCGGUUCGCAUCUCUGGGCGGCAGCGGACCCACGACGGAUGCUUCUUCUGCCGAGGCUCAACGGGGUACGCCUGCCCACAGUUCUAGAACAGACCGGAAAACGAACCCGCUUCGGCCCCCGGCGAAACGCCGGUUCAUGCACUCUGUUGCCGCCUUCAUCUACGAAACGCCGCAGGAGGGCCAUUUGCACAAGACCACUCCUCCGCCCGUCUGUCCGCAACCAAUUCCUGAGGUGGACGCGGAGUCUGCUAAUCCGAGACUGAAGGCCAGACUUGCGCGCCUGCUGCCCUAUCUGAGUAAUCAGUCGGAAGACUGUCUCACGCUGAACGUCUACACUCCGCAGAGGGGUGAGUCGGGUUGCCGAAUAGAGAAGAAAAAAGCAGCUUCAUUUGGCUCCUUUGUAGGGCAGUUAAGGUUGCUUAUCAUUGUUGCCCGAUAAAUAGCUGGCGUGCGGAGAUUCUCAUCGCGAGAAAAUGGCAGCCAUCAUAUGAGCAGUCGUACUUGCACGCCAAAAAAGAAAUGAGAAAGGAAUCUAUAGAAAUGCAGUUACUGCGCGCACAGAAAUCUCACGGCCGUGCUAAACAGUUUCCGCUCGGAGCUUGCCGAGGGAGAUGAAAUAAAUUUCGAUUUCGAAUAAUUUUCUACUAACUAAACCAGGAAGCGUUGACGUUACUAUGCAGGCUUGAUUUUUUGGGGUGCCAACUGAGAUGCCUAAAAAAUAAACCAUGAGAUUAUGUGUGAGAGGGGAGUUCGCCUGCAUGGCCGGAUUGCCGGACAGAACGCAAGCGGACGCCGUAUUCAAGGCAUACACUACCCAAGUGCAUUUCUCGCGUGUUACCACGCCAAGAUGCCUGCCUGAUUUCGAGAGUACAAGUAAACUGUUAGUUAGGUGAAAGCAUGUUUGCCUGGUAAGGGGACUUAUGUUCCCUCGUUCGAAAUCAAUAUCAGGAGGCUAUUUACGCCAGUCAAACGAGAAGGGAAAAAUGAGCAACGAGGGCCGUGGUUGGGUGGGUGGAACCCCUAAUUGAGGUUAUAUUCAUUUUUCACAGGCGUUUUCUGGCACACUAAAACCAGGUGACUUGCGUCAAUAUUGGUCUAAGGCAGUGAGAUAAUUUACUGACUCAAAUUCAUGCACGAGAGUUUCUUUCCAGACACUUUCCCUAAUCUUUCUACCAUUUAAAGUUUCUUAUUACCAAAGUCGGUUAGAUCGCAGUUGGAAGCCAGGAACGGGGAAGCGGACGGCGACCUUAACCUUAACCCUAAUCCUAACCUUAGCCCUAACCCUAACCCCAACCUCAACCUUAAACGUUUACCGUUAACCUUAAGGGAAACCCUAAUCCUAACUCUAACCGAAAUCGUAAACGCGACCGUAGCCCUUGGACAUGGCCGUAACUGGAAAACCUAACCGUAAUACUGAAACCUUAUCGUACGCUCAAACCCUAACCGUGACCCGAAAACCUAAGCCUAAAGGUACAACGCCAACUCGAAAAUCGGAAGCCAUUAACCGGUACACUACUCCUAACCUCAAACGUAAAACUGAAGCCAAAUGGGUCAGAUGUUAUUAUGUAACCCCACAAAAUAGCCCCAGGAAACAAACCCCAAGCCGCCUGUAAUACGGAGCCUGGCUACCAACUGCGAUCUAGCCCCAAAGUCAGCCAGUUCGACCUGCUUUCGCAUCGAAUCUUAUUUCGAGUCGCACAAAUUUAGCUCAGUCCUAGGCAGUUAUGACAGUCCAGAGAGAGGGAAAGGGAGCUGGGAGGCUGCUGUGCAUGUCCUGUCCAGGUAGUGGCGACCUACGUCCAGUACGACAGUAGAACAAACUUGCCGAUUUUCUGCCCAAGUGGAAACUGUGUUAAUUGUACUAAUAUGAAAUAAUGAACAUUGGGAGAACGAAAUUUUUUAAGUUCGUCUAAUUUAAAAAUCACUCUCACGUCCUGACGCAGUUUUGUCAGGGAGUUUCGAACGCAUAGGGUUUCAUAUGGGCACAUUUAAACGGUCUCGGGUAGGGGGGGGGGGUUCUUAUGGAUGACAGUUGCCCUUCCAGCUAGCCGUUUAACCUUAGAAUCUUCAGAAAUUCUAUCAAAGUGAAUGCGCUCUCUUGAAGAUAUCAAAGCAUGAGGUCGCAAAUGAAAUGUGGAUGGUGUAGCAUUUCAGAACCAUGCCGGACGGUCCGAAUUAAUCAGACAGGAGAUAGGAUGAUCAGUUGCUACCCUGACUUCUAGUUACCAUGUGCAGGUUGUUCGCAGUUCUGCUUGGGAGGAAUUUCAUCCCAUCGCCCGGUAUGCUAGAAGCAACUAUCGGUUCGUCUGUAAUUUUGGUUUCUGGCAAAAUACCACGUCUGUUAUUCUUGACUGCGUUACUCUGGAGGAAUAGAUUGAUGUAUGCAAGGGGUAGAGUUGUUUUAUAUCCGUUGAAUGAGCAGUGCCAUACAAUGUUAUGUCAUUACGGUCAACAAUCUCUCCUUUAAGAGAACUUGGUUGGAACAGUUGGUUUGCUGAUGAUCCCUGCUUGCUAUCAGCGGAAGACCUCACACAGAACCGUCCUGUUCUUGCGGUUUUGGGGAAAAUAACUGCAGGUAGUUUUACUAGACUUAACUAACCAAAGUUUGGUAAGAAUUCUAUGCACAGCACUUCAAGAAAGUUUAGAGAUUGCUGCUAGUAUUCAUUAAAAUUUUGAAAUUCUUUCAAGACAUGACACCAACUUGAACGUAACAGCUUUUGACUGCACUGCAGAAACUCAUGACACACUGAAGAUGUUUAAACGUCAUUUCCAUUCAUCACUUGGCACAACUACAUCGCACCUCCAGGUUGCAAACCCUCGUAAAAGAGGUUCCAAUUUAGAAGACGAAGAUGCGAUCACUGGAACAGGAAAUCUAUUGGCCUGACGUUUCAGAUUCUCAAUCGAAUCCAUCAUCAGAGACAUCUGCAAAUGUCUGAAAUGCUACACCAGCCACAUUUCAUUUACAAACUCGUGCUUUGAUAUCUUCAGGAGCGUGCAUUCACUUUGAUGAAAUUUCUGAAGAUUCUAAGGUUAAACGGCUAGCUGGAAGGACAACUGUCAUCUAUAAGAACCCCCCCCCCACCCGAGACCAUCUAAAUGUGCCCAUAUGAAACCCUAUGCCUUCGAAACUCCCUGACAAAACUGCGUCAGGACGCGAGAGUGAUUUUUACAUUAGAUGAACUCGAAAAUUUCGUUUUCCCAAUGUUCAUUAUUUCAUAUUACUACCUUGUUCUGUUCCAGUUAUCGCAUAUUCGUCUUCUGAACUGCUACCUGGAACUCACCUGUUCGCUUCUAUCAGGUUCUAGUUUCUUGCGUGAAUCAGCAACGCUUUUUACGUCUACGGUCACCGAAAAGUGUUCUUUCUGAAAAGGAGAAAUUCUUCCUGAAUUUUUUUCUGCUUGUUUACUGAUGUUAGAUUAGCUAUCCAUCAAUUAAUCUGAAGAAAGAAAAUUUAGAGAAUAGCUUGUAGAAAACAGCUGAAUAGGUUUAAUUGGAGAACCGUUGUAUCAUAGUGAAAUGGUGAAACCCUCAUCAAGCCCUCUUGACUACGAGCAGGCUAAGUGGGUGAUUAGGUUGAGUUUAAAUUAGGCGGAGAGCAGCGAAUUCAAACGAAAAGACGAAUAAAAUGACUGAGGUAGGAAUGAGCACGCCUACGCACGAAAAUACUAUCCAGUGACUUUCAGCAGGCUGACGAGACGAAAUUUACAAACAAAAUUCCAAUAACAUUGAUCAAGGUUUAAAAGAAGACGAAGGCACGAUCACAGGGACGGUAGAUUUAUUGGCCUUAGUUUUCGAACUCGAACUGGAGUUCAUCAUCAGGGACUGCUAGAGUACAGCAACCUGCGAAAACAUUUAUAUCGUUGUGUCGUGUGUGUGUGGGGAGGGGGGACUACGUCCGUGGUUUACAUCACCGCGAAACACAAACGGCGUCACCACGCCGGGGAACCACUGUGGAUCAGGCGGCACAAACCAGACCUAGCCACGGACGUAGUCACCCCACACACGACACAACGAUAUAAAUGUUUUCACAGGUUGUUGCACUCUAGCAGUCCCUGAUGAUGAACUCCAUUUCGAGUUCUAAAGUUAAAUCCAAUAAAUCUACCGUCCCAUUGAUCGUGCCUUCGUCUUCUUUCAAACAAGAAUCUGGGAUGCGCAUAUUCUCUUCCAAUGAUCAAAGUGUUUUUUUCCUGAUAGUCACUGCCCUAAAUACACACGAUAGAACCUUCUGGGCAGUUAAGUGAUUCAUUUGUGAAGCAGUGCAAUCUGUGGAUUUGUACUCAUGGGCGCUGUCUGGCCGUUGCACAAAGAAGUCAAAUCCUGCUGGAGGACCUAGAUAAGUACGCCUUUGUUUUUCUGAUAUAUACUUAUAUAUACGUUAAUAUUGGAGUACCGGCAAAAUCAAGGGAGACCGGGAUCGCAAUUUCCGGCUUGGUCAUCAUCACCAUCAUCCUCGCCGUCGUCUACCAACCAUACCCAACGCCCGAUCUGAAUGACAUGAGAUCCGAAGCCAGGUUCUUUACUCAGUGAGCGUUAAUUAGUCGAACAAUUCGACACGGAGACACGGGUCCGUUGUCCUGUUGGUUGUGGUCGGGAAUAUAAACAAGGGUAGAGAGACGCCCACCAAUCGGAGCACAGGACGUGAUCAUCCCGUUUUUUUGGGGUUAUUCGACGGCUCGCAGGCGGUCAAAUAUAGUCUAGAUAUCUAUGCGGAAUUCUUGUUUCAAAUCCCAGGCAAUUUAAGCAUGAAGUUGGGUAAGACUUGUUGACAACGGUCACUAAGCCGGAGAUAGCCAAUGUGGUCUCCCUUGUCAUUUUCGGUAACUCCUUAUCUGCAUAUACUACUGAACAGUGUCCGACUGCCUGCGAGGUCCUUCGAUUGGACCCCAAGGCACAACGAGAAAAGCAAAUUCCGUAAUCAAAUAUACAUGUCGGGGAAAGUUCUAACACUGCAAUGGGAGACCCGAAUGGGCAUUUCAGGCAUUUUGGCCGUCAUCAGAUAGUCUUACCCAAACCUGUGUUUUGCGGCGCAUGGGCUUCGUACCCGCGUUUUUUGGUGAUCCUGCCUUUUUAAAGCCAGCGUUCUAUCAACUGAGCCAUGGACGUGUUGUCCUGUCAUUUGCUUUAGGUUGUUCUGAGUUACCCGAUCGUGUUACGGGGCAUGCUCAUUCCGUAACCCGAUCGAUGGAUUCACUUGGAACAUAAAAACAUGUAUUGAGAUCUCGAAUUUUCAUUUAUAUUAUAGUACACACACAUGACGCCCCUCUCCUGUUUACAGUUUAUAUAAACAUCUCACACACGGCCACAACACGUUUAUAUGUCGUGGUCGAUUUGCAGAGGAAUUCUCCAUGCCAUAACGGACCACUGUAUACACACGACUUUCUGCCCGAUGUAAGACACUUCAUAGUUAGAAGCUGCAGGAUUAGUGAACUUCCAACCUUUUCGGGAUGGAGGUCGUUUAUGUUCCGAGGUGUUUGACCAAAGGACAUUGUAAUGUUCUCCAUUCCCCUCAUAAUGAGUUUUGACACGCAAACCUCCAAAUGACCAAUAAUCGCUGAGUAGGUUGUUUGCUGAUGCGUGGGGGUGGGGUCGCCGUUUGUGUGCGGAGAGUUCGGUCUGGGAGCUUUGAUGAGAGAUCAAGUAGUCGAAACCACCUCUCCCGACAGCCGAUCUGCCCAAGGAGUCGAAACGAGCUUAAGGACAGUUCAAGGCAGUGUGAAGGUUUACCAUGACCUGCGCGACAAGAAAAAAAAUGAAAAAUGGCAUUAACAUGGAGAGCAAGGAACGUAAAUAGUAAAUAAGGAGGUAAGGAGUAGGAGAAGUUAUUCCCCCUAACAAAUCCGGACAGCUGACGGUUAACUUACAGUAGAUGUGCUAACUCAUGGUGUGUUAACCGAAAUUCUAAAGUACCUUUUCGACUCGAAAGGAUUAUUUAAAUAGGGUUGUAAUAUUAACCACCAUGCAGAUUAAUCCUACAAUAAUUCAGUUACUAUAGGAUGUUGACUUUUAAAAGAACUUCUUUCCCAGCCGCCGGCAAAAACUAUACUAUGUAAAAAUGACUAUUUAAGUAGCAUAAAUUCUUCUCACUGAUUUUCGAUGCCCUUAUAAAUUCAAAUACAUCUCAUAGCAAACAUGCAUAAAAUAUUUAUUUUUAUCCUAAUUUGGUGAAGAACUAUGUCCUCUUUAUACUUUAUAUUUGAAAGAAGGGUGAAAUUCAAUUUUGUCGAAGUUUCUAGUUACGAGAUUUUCUAAGACCACGGAAUGCCUGUCCAUAAAACCUCGUGUCUCUGCAUUUAUAAUGUUGCUUGUAAAAUUUACAGUAUGGCCCAAAUCCGUUCCUGUAUCUCAUAAACACCACAUAGUUUCCUCUUAGAACCGUGUAAAAGUGUAUGAUUUUUCGUACACAGAAAAUGUACAGCUUGUAGUUUGGGAACCCUGAAGUUAAGUGUAACGGCAGUUCGGGUUCAAGGUUAUUCACGGAUUGGAAAAGUUUUUUAAAUGAAAUUAUACUUUCCCUUUAGGUAUAAAAUUAUAAAAACGUAAUUUCCCACCAAAAAGUAGAGGAAUAAAUAUUUUCGUGCAUGUGGUGUAUGAAUUAUAUUUAAAUUUUUAAGGGCGUCGAAAAUCAAACGGAAAAAUUCAUGCCAAAUGAGUGGCCACUUUUACCGAGUGUGAUUGUUGCAUACGCCGGGAAGAAUUUCAGUCAAAAACUGGCAUUCUGAAGUAACUAAAUUACUAUAAGAUUAUGCUGCACAUCGGUUAAUAUUAUAACCCUACUUAACUUAUCAUUUCGAGUCGAAAACGCAUUUCAGAAUUUCUGUUAACGUUUCAUGACUUAGCACAUCUACUGUAUGCUUAAAAUGCAUUUGCUGAAAAUAAAACUUAUUUUUUUCCGGUAGGAUAGCAGGAGGAAUCUCAGAAUUUCCUUUGUUUUUCGAUUGUUCUACAGCGGAGUAAGUGUAGAUUUCGUUUUUCCAAGUCACAGACUGUUUCUACUGUCAGUUGGCGAAGUGACAGGGAACUAUAACUGACAAUGGUAGGGGGCGCUCGCCGAUCGUUCUUACGGAACUCACUCGUUUCGUGUGCCUUACGGGCUCUCUCUCUCAUGCCCAACCAGCUACCGAACGGCGGCGCAUGAUAUAGAUAGAAUGAUAUUACCGACAAAGACAAGGGAGACUGAGUGGCCAUUUCUGGCUUAUUAGUCGUCUUCAGCCAGUUAUGCCCAACCCCGAGGUGUGGAAGACCCGAGGCUCGAACUCGCCACCUGCUAGUUAGAAGUCUACGUCUCUAACCACUGAGCAACGAGCCCGUUGCCCUGUCGGUUUCGAUCGGGAAGUGGCUAUUCCAGUCUCCCUUGUUUUUGUCGGUAAUAACAGACUAACUGACCUUCGAAGUCCUGACUUUAUGUGUGCUUAAAUGCAAAUUCUAUUAGAUACCAUAUGGGAAAGAGGGUGGAAAUUGAGGCUGCAGCUGUUCCCGCCCAAUUCGCGAAUUCUUCAGCCAUUCAUACCCGUGGAAAGCACCUGCAACCGCAUGAACGGUGAACAUGGUCCGUACCCAAGCGUAGAUUGGUUGCCGGAGAGUGGAUGGUGCUGACAGUUGCUAUUUAUGUCCUUAUCAGCUGAACAUGGGGUAGCUUCUGCUUGAUCGCUUCUCAAACCAAGGAGACGCAGCCAAUUCCCUCGAGGCACCAAUUAGACUGUUCUACACACCCUCCGUCGUAAAUACAAUUAGCUUCCAACAACGCAAGCCAGCCCUGUUAUCAGGGACUUACUGUCUAAGCUCUCUAACGGAGAAAAGACCACAUACUGUCAUAGCCGUUGGGUUGUAUAAAUGAGUAGGUUUACUUUUAGCCUGUUCAGGCAGACUGAUAUGUUUUGGUGCAUAUAAUCAAAUAACGUUAUAGGAGGUGAGAAUACGAUCAAAGGCAGAAAUCAAUGAUGUCAGUCAUUCUGGAAAAUACCUUCCAACAAAGGCGUCAGCUUGGGCGUCAAUGUCCAACACGCGGGUCUGGAUGCAUAGGAAGCCUUCGUAGUUAGGAAAGUUGGGCCCGCAUAAUGCUUGUAGCAGAUCGCGCAUGUCAUUGGGAUUAAAAAGAUAAACGCAAAGGUGGGCAGGACACGAGAAUAGGAACCUCACAUGAUACAGAUGGGCUUGAGAGACCUUCAAGGCACAACGGAAGGAGGCAGUUCCGUGGUGCUAUUGGUAAGAAAAGGAUUAGCGUUGGUUCUAGAGGCAGGAAGUAGGAAUCGGUACACCUUCUAGAAUUUAACGUGACACGUAGGUCUUCCUAUUCCAGUGCCUUACAUGGAGAGGAAAAAUAUAAAUAAGAAUAUCUAGGGAAACAAGUGGAAAGAAGGGAAACGGGGACAUAACCUGAUGAGAGGUAAGUCGAACUGGCAAGUUGUUACAACUGUUUACAAGAGACCAUCUUACCCCCUAAGACUAGCUGCCUCCGAUCAACAGAAUUGAUGAGGUAUCAUUACGACACAAAGAUUGCUAGACCCUCGAUAAGUGCAAAGGUGACGGUUAACUGAACUACUGAAUUCAAAAGCAGCUUCAGGACUCUACGCAUCCCACAGGGUACCCUUCGCGGUAGUCCGACUUUCAGACCAGAUCAUUUUCAUCGAUGGUACGGACCAAAUAAUUUUGGAAUUUAACUUCACUAAUGACACCGCAUCAAAAAAUAAUGGACGGACGGAAGUAUCCCUAUUUAAGCUAUAAGCCGUUAAAGUCUUUGCAGACAUUUUAUCGAGGCAUUGGAUAUUUUUGAAAUUACUUUCUCCACCCGGAUGUCGCAAAGUCUGUCAGAAGGAUUUUCAUAUGUUAGCUGCAGAAUUACGCAAGUAGACGCGUUGCGGCAUGACGCAGUCACAAGUAAAGGUUGUCUUGUUAUGUUAAGCUGGGCACAGACUAAACAUAUUCUUGACAAUAUAACCUUCCCUAAUCGACUGAAAUACACGGGGCAGGCGGGGCGCAUGCAAAAACAAAUCACGUAGGCCUUUAAACGCAAAAGAAGUUAGCUCUCAAAGGUGAGGACCGCAAGCGACUUUUUAUCUAAAUUGAAAAAAAUCAGUGCGUAGGAUGUCUGAUCUCACUCAGGGUGAGUUCACGAUCGGAGGCACUGUCGUCAGACCGGAGUUUCUUGUUCCAAACAAAAGGUUUUGUCAAGUCUAAACUGAGGCGGAUUUUGAGAGCUUUAAUGGUCAAUCGCAGGAUCUGGAAUCAAGGUUCAGGUAAGGAUCCAAUUGGUAAACUAUCGCCACCAAAUAUCUUGGUGAUAUCUGCUGUCACGGUGAAUCACCCCUCCUGUCAUUCACUACUGGUCCGUUAAAAAGUAAUAUCUGCGUACCUAGGCGCUUACCACUGCUAUCCCCGCGUAUGCCACAAGCCAGCGUUACCGCCCACCUUUUCCACCCGGCACAACAAGUAACAUUCUGGUAGGUGGAGGGGAUAGAUACCAGUAAUUCCAAAUAAUUGCUAAACUGGUUGACAUUCCACAUCAACACAGAAGGGCUCCGACUUCCCAGCGGUCACAUGUGGACGUAGAAACUACAGAGCAAGUAGCAAGUCCUAAGCCCAGCAAUAGAGGCGGCGUUGCAACUCUUGACAAAAAGUCCUAAUUAUAGAUGCUUUUCCAGAUUUUGAAUUAAUUCAUCUUGAACCAAUAGUGAAAAACUCGGUGACCUCGGUGGGAUUCGAACUUGUGACAGCAAGGCGAAGGUUUGAGUACAGCCAACGAUCUAGCCCCCUGAGCUACGAGGCUGCACCGGGAGCCAUGAAUUUAAUCUUAUUUGAGCCAAGUUACCCACCCAGCCUGCUGCAUCGUAUGGAAUCCCACUCAAACCGCCGAGUUUCCACAGUUGAGUCAGUAUAAAUUAUUCAAAAUUUGCCAAAACGCAUUGUAAACUAAGUGGGCCUCGUAUUCAUCUCUUGGAUUCUAUAAUAAUUACUCAGGAAAUCCUGCCUGGACAGUCAGUUUAUUGUAUCACGCUUGAUGGAUUCCAAACGUUGCAGUAGGCUGGUUGGGUAAUUUGACCCAAAUGCGGUAAGACUCAAGCCUCCCCGCGGGUCAGGUGGCUAAGGCGUUGGCUGUGCAAAAACCAUCCCCCUGCUAUCGAGGGUUCGAAUCCCACCGGGGUCGCCGAGGUUUUCACAGUUGGGUCAAGAUGAAAUAAUUCAAAAUCUGGCAAAGCACCUAUAAUUAGGACUUUUUGUUAAGAGUUGCAACGCCACCUCUAUUGCUGGGCUUAGGACUUGCUACUUGUUCUGCAGAGAAUUUUACAGACCAGCACAGAAGUCACAAGCCAAAGCAGUGGCAGAUCGGCUGAGUAAACUGCUUGGAGAAUACCGACAUAAAAAUGUGAUCACGGAGAAUGAAUGGCACCAAAUGAGGGAAACUGACACCGCUCUAGCCCGAUUCUAGGGUCUGCCAAAAAUCCAUAAAGCAAAUGUCCCACUUCGGCCAAUCGUUGCCCUAAAAAGCAGCCCCACCUACAAUUUGGCAAAGUGGAUGUACUCAAAACUGAAGUUCCUCCAAGGCAAUUCGACUACCUCAGUUCGAUCAGCCACUCAAUUCCUCAUAGACCUCCGAGGUCGGAGAAUUCAAUCGGACGAAAUCAUGGUCUCCUUCGAUGUGACGUCGUUAUUCAAAUCUAUCCCACCAAACGUGGCCCGCGAAGUCUUGUGCAAGAGACUUGAAGAGGCGUACGAUGACACUCAGAAUGCCCUCAAAAUUGAACACCUCAUGAGGCUGUUUGAAUUCUGCCAACAAACUUUCUUCACUUUUGCGGGAGAGACCUAUGAACAAAUCAAGGGAACCCCAAUGGGCUCACCGGUCUCCCAUUUAGUGACAGAACUGGUCCUACAGGAGUUGGAAAAGAUUGCCUUCCUCCAACAUGAACCGGUGUUUUGGCGAAGUUACGUUGACGACACGUUCGUCAUCGUAAAGAAGGACAUGCUGUAA